AUGGAUCAACCGCCUUCCAAGUAUCCUUACGAUCCGUCUCUCGCGGCAGCGGUCACCUUUGCGGUACUGUUCGGCAUUAGCGGUGUGAUACACUCCAUCCAGCUCAAGAGGGCGAAGACCUGGUACUGGAUCGCCUUCUUCAUAGGCGUCAACUUUGAAAGCAUUGGAUACGGGAGUCGAGCAAUGAAUGCGUCCGAAACGCCGAAUUGGUUACAAGUCCCCUUCAUCAUCCAGGCUCUUCUACCGUUGCUUGCCCCGGCACUGUACGCCGUAUCGAUCUAUAUGCUUCUAGGCCGUAUCAUCGACUCAUUGGAAGCGGGCCAUUUAUCACUUAUUCCUGUUAGAUGGCUGACGAAGAUCUUUGUUUUCGGAGAUGUGUUCUCGUUCGCCUUCCAGUGCAUCGGCGGAGGCAUCCUCUCCGGCGCAAGUGACAAAGACGGACUCGACCGCGGCCAGAAUAUUAUUCUCGUUGGUCUCGGCAUUCAGAUCCUUUUCUUCGAAGCCUUCAUCGUAUCCAUAUCCGUAUUCCACUAUCGAAUCAUCCAACACCCAACGACAAUGAGCAUGAACGGGCGACGACCGUGGAGACAGUUCAUCAUGGUGCUCUAUGCCACCUCGUUUCUCAUUCUGUUUCGGUCAAUCUUCCGGGUGGCUGAGUUCGCUGAGGGACGGGAAGGCGUGCUUCAGACCACAGAGGUGUAUCUGUACUGUCUCGAUACAUCGCUCAUGUUCCUAUGUGCUGCGCUUUCAAUGAAUGUAAAGCAUUCGUCUUCAAGUUUGAAUCUGUAA